GUUUUCCGGUGAGGCUGUUUCCCGCGGCACUGCAGUGUCCGGUUGCAAUAAGAGGCAGAUCGUGAGGUCCCGUGCGUUCGUGUCCGGCAUCCCUCAACUGAAGGAAGUUGUGGGGAAUAGCUGGACGAUCGGAGUCAAUUCGAUGCUGCCUGCCCCUAGACCAAGAAGCGGAAUGUGCUGAGCAGUUACCGGACGAUGUUUGUGCCCAGGUCUCUGAAGGUGAAGAGGGCCGAGGAAAGCAAUGACCAUGCGGCCAAGAGGUGCAAGGCCCAGGGCGGCGACUUCAAACCCGGUGAUGACCAGCAGGCCCACAGCUGUGUGGCCGAAGGGAGAGGGGAGGAGCCAGGAGCCGGGGAAGGUGGCGAGGAGGAGCCGGUGAAGGCCCUGAGCCAGAGCCAGCGCUGGCCGGAGCCGGGGGAGCCGGCCUGCUCCAUGUGUGGCCGCUAUGGGGAGUACAUCUGCGACGAGACGGACACCGACGUGUGCAGCCUGGAGUGCAAGGCCAAGCACCUGCAGCAGCUCGGGGGCUCCGACCCACUUCAGGCCCAGCCCCAGCCCGGGGAGGAGCCCGGCCAGGGGGCUGCGGGCCCCAACGGCCGCUACCGGGAGCAUCCAUUUAUUUCCAGCCUGUCGGCCGAACAGGUGGAGGCCCUGCAGCAGCAGCUGGGCAUCGCCGUGCAGGGCCCCGCCGCCAGGCCCAUUGUGGAGUUCGAGCACUGCGGCUUCCCCGACACCCUGAGCGCCAACCUGCGGCGGCUGGGCUACCACAGCCCCACCCCGGUGCAGAUGCAGCUGCUGCCCCAGGGCCUGGCUGGCAAGGACGUGCUGGCGACCGCCGACACCGGCUCGGGCAAGACGGCCGCCUUCCUGCUCCCGGUCACCAUGGCAGCGCUGCGGGAGAACAAAGAUUCUCCCCAGCAGCCUGUGGGGUUGAUAUUGACUCCAACACGUGAACUUGCUAUUCAGAUCGAGAGUCAGGCCAAGGAGCUUAUGAUGGGUCUCCCCAACAUGAGGACAGCACUGCUGGUCGGGGGGAUGCCUCUACCCCCCCAGCUCCAUCGGCUCCAACAAAACAUUAAGGUUAUUAUCGCCACUCCUGGGCGACUGCUGGAAAUUCUGAAGCAAGAAGCCGUCAGCCUGUGCGGACUGCAGAUUGUGGUGGUUGACGAGGUCGAUACGAUGUUGAAGAUGGGUUUCCAGCAACAGGUGUUGGAUAUCUUGGAGCAAACGCCCGAGGAGCAUCAAACGAUUCUUGUCUCUGCUACAAUCCCAGCAGGCAUCCAGCAGCUGGCCAGCCAUUUCCUGCAGGACCCCAUCAGGAUCACAGUUGGAGAAAUGAACCAGCCUUGUUCUAAUGUCCGUCAGAUCAUCCUGUGGGUGGAGGAGCCAUCUAAGAAGAAGAAGCUAUUUGAGAUUCUGAAUGAUGGUAAACUCUUUCAGCCGCCUGUGCUGGUGUUUGUGGACUGCAAGCUGGGAGCUGAUCUCCUGUCGAAUGCAGUGCAGACAAUCACUGGCCUGAAGUCAGUGGCCAUUCACUCAGACAAGGCCCAGUGUGAUCGAAACCAGAUCCUGCAGGGUCUGCUUCAAGGAGACUACGAGGUUGUAGUCAGCACGGGAGUUCUUGGCAGAGGGCUGGAUCUUGUCAAUGUCAGACUGGUUGUGAACUUCGACAUGCCGCGCACCAUGGACGAGUAUGUGCACCAGGUGGGGAGAGCAGGUCGUUUGGGCCACAGAGGAACGGCCAUCACCUUUGUGAAUAAUAACAACAGCAGGAAUUUCCUGGAGUUGGUGAAGAGGGUGAAGCCAACAGGUACACUGCUGCCCCCACAGCUCCUCAACUCCCCGUAUCUGAUUGAGCAGCAGCGUAGAGAACAGCAGAGGAACAAACAGCGAGCGCAGCAAGACCUGGUGACUGGGGACAGUUUGAUUGACAUCAUAAGGAAGCACGACCGCAGUGUGCUGCAGAAACGAUAGUCCAGGACUCCUGGUGAGAGAGCAGUCUGACUGCUGGCCCUGCUUAACACCACCUGUCCCUGCCGGAUUUCAUUUUCACAGGACUCCACCCUUGGCUCGUUUUGGAGUUGGGCUGUGAUCAAAUAGAGGAUGGGGGUGAAUGGGAUGAGAGCCUCAUUGCAAGAGUCGGACAGAGAUGGUUGAAUGUAAUUCAGUUCUGAAUUAAGAGUGCGAACUUGUCUAAUAGUGUAAAUACAUUUAUAAAUUUUCUCUGUCUGUUUACAUGGUCUGAAAGCUGAAGGGUCAUGUCAGUUCUACCAGAUCUUUUACCAGUUCACUGUUUGGAUCAGCCCUGACAGGAAUGUUGUGGUGUGCACGUGCGUGCUGUCCAUUAGCACUUGAGCUAGUCAGAUAGUUUAGGCUUUGUUCCACUUUCUUCCUUCAUUCUUGGAAGUAAAAGCUUGAAUUCUUUCUAUUAUAAAUGCCUAGUGAUGUAUUAAUAUCAUUGAUGCCUUGCUGAUGCAAUGUGCCUCCUCUCGAACAGUUCCAUUUCUCCAACUUUUCAUCUCUGAAUGACAUUGGGAGUCAUGCACUGAGGUUUUAUGCUGUGGAUGAGAUCGCAUACAUUAGCAAUUGGUCAAAAUGGCUCAGUUCCCUACCACAAUAAAGUGGUGGAAACUCCCAUCCCAUCAGUGUGAACUAGCGUUGAACUUGGGUAGAAGAUGUGCCUCAGUCUAUUUCUCUCCCUCCAUCUGUCUGUCCAUGCAUGCUUUGUCCAUCUUUAUAUCCUCUCCCUCUGCCUCCAUUCUGUCCUUCUGGUAAUAUUAUUGAAAAGAUCGUUCUAUCUUUUUCAAACCAAAGGUAGCACAAGCAGUCCUGUGGAACUGCUGCUGAAUGGUGUAGCCAACAAGCUGCUUUAAGUGGGGAGUAUAAAACUAAUGACCAUAACAACUUCCAUUUGUCCUUCCACAGACUGUGCCUGAUUUCCAACAUUUUCUGCUUUUGUUCCAUUUGUUUUGCAUCUUUUAAUGUGGUAAACGUCUGCAGGCAGAAUGUCAUCUGCUGGCAAAAUUUGACACUAAAUUGGAAAAAAAAACAUCAGUUGUUGUAGAACUGAAACAAAAAUAGGAAAUGCUAGAACUCCUCAGCAGGUCAGGCAGUGUCUGUGGAGAGAGAUAAGAAAAUUUGGCAAGUAAACCCCACAACCCCCCCACCCACCAACACA